UGUACUUUUUUCGAAGACUCAAGGGCUCUACAGGUCUCAAGGGAGACUCUAUAAUGUAUUAUGUUCGAGGGGAGGAUUGUUGAUAAGUGUUGGAAAAGGAGUCUCAUUUCCACAAAUUAAGUAGUUGAUCAUGGGCUUAUAAGUAAAGAAUACAUCUCCAUGGUGAUGCUCAACUUGGGCCUGCCCCUCAGCGGAGAAAUGAUUCAACUCUCAGCGGAGAAAUGAUUCAACUCGAGUGACGCUCUUGCCAUUCACCCUUUUACACAUUUGGUUUACGAGCAUGAAGAGAUUUGAAAGGUAGAUCUAGAUGGGCGCAGUUGGGAAAGUAUACAAAUCCAUGAUUAAGUAAAGGGUGGACUAAAAUGCAAAAGGGAAGAAUAAAAAAUUUGGUAAAUGAGACAAAAUGAUCACUCCACAAUAUUUAUUUGAAUCAAAGAUGAGAAGAAUCAACCACAGCCUCGUACAGAAUUACAGAAGAAGAAGAAGAAGAAAGCUAAUUCAAUGGAAUGGAAGAACUAUUAUUUGGACGCCAUAUUUGUUCCUCUUGGUCUUCUCCUCACCUUCACCUAUCAUGCUUGGUUAUGGUACAAGGUUAAAACUCAGCCACUCGCCACCUUCAUCGGAGUCACUGCCACCGUCCGCCGCCACUGGAUCUCCGCCAUGCUCCAGGACAUAGACAAGAAGAACAUCCUUGUCGUUCAAACCCUGAGGAACAUGAUAAUGGGUUCAAUCUUGAUGGCCACCACCUCGAUUCUCCUAUGCGCCGGGCUCGCCGCCGUCCUCAGCAGCACCUACAGCAUCAAAAAGCCGCUGACCAACGCCGUCUACGGUGCCCACGGGGAGUUCACAGCGGCUCUGAAGUUUAUAACAAUCCUAACCAUAUUCAUCUUCUCAUUCUUCUUCCACAGUUUGUCGAUCAGGUUCAUGAACCUAGGUGGGCUUCUGAUCAGCGCCCCAUUGCAGCCCUUGUCCGUGCUGACAGAGCAGCAUUUGGUCGACAUUUUGGAGAAAGGCUGUGUUUUGAACACCAUUGGAAAUAGACUCUUCUAUUCAGCUCUCCCAUUGGUGCUUUGGAUUUGUGGGCCGUUGCUGGUUUUCUUGUGCUUUGUGGUUAUGCUGUUUGUGCUUUAUAAUCUUGACUUUGUGUGUAACAAGAGGAUUAAUGGGAAGAUGAAUGAGUGAGCUAGCACAAUAUCUUAACCAAUUAACUUGUCUAGAGACUAAAAUUGAUGUAUGGAGUCUUUAACAUA